UUAUAACAACAAAGAAAGCAAAUAAAAUAAACAACAAUGCUGUUAUAUUUUUCAAUUAUUUGCGUGUCAGAAUUGUUAAUUGUGAAUUAUGUCGGUAAUGCGGCAGGCACAAUGAAAAAUCCCAGAGCAAAUGUCACCGAAGUAAUGGUAGGAAGAGUUAAGUCAUCAACAACAAUAAGAACAACCACAGCAAUGGAAAGCGUAUCGUUUCAAACAACCACACCAACAACAAUGAAAAGCGUGCUAAGCGUAAAAAAAGGACCCAAACGGUCGACUGUCUUUGCUUCAGGCUACUCCCACAAAAAAACUACCUCCGCGCUAAAUGCCUCACCGACAACCACAACAUUUAUGAAACCACUGAAUGAAGGGCGCACGCUUGGACUCUUAUUCCCGAAUUUGCGUAAUGCUACCGGUGGCGCGGCGGCGGCAGGUACUGGAGCCGGUCUAUUUGGUGCUAAUGGAUUGCUUACCCUGCUUUUGACCAAUUUGGGGUCCAACGAUAAUAUUGGCGUGAUUGUGGCUAGUUUGAUAAGCGCUAUUGCGGAGAGAAGGAGAACUGCAACAUCUGCAGCCAAUACAUCUGCGAUGCCAGUAAAAAAUGUAUCCAAUAAUUAUUUUGGUGCAGGUGCAGAAAAUCCGCCAUAUCCUUAUGCAUAUGCUGGUGGUUAUCCUUAUAAUUAUGGUGGUUAUGAUAACUAUUAUGCACCGUAUGGUUACUACUAUGGGAAAUAA